UUCAUCCUUCAACAACGCAUUGCUUCAUAUACACGGAAUAUACCUAUUAUUUACUAGAGGGGAUACCCUAUGCAUUCCUAACACAAAAAGAUACAUACAAGCAGCGCUACCAAAAAUCGCAAGCAAUGGACGUCUCCCCUGAAACCAUCGACUCCUAUCUGGGUCGGCCGGUGUCCAAACUUCCCACACCAUCCGUAAUCCUAAGCAAGCCGGUUCUGGAAAGCAACAUCCAGAAACUAUCACGGGAUGUAAAGGACCAGGGGAUUGGAUUCCGGCCCCAUGUUAAGACGCUCAAGUCUCUUGAGGUCACCAGAUUGAUGCUCAACGGAGGCGCCCAUCGAAAGAUAGUUGCGAGUACUCUGCGCGAAAUCCGGGGUGUUCUCCCUCUGGUGAAAGAGGGUAUAUUAGACGAGGCCCUCUACGGCAUCCCCGUAUACACCAGCGCAUUAUCCCCGCUCAGCGAACUAUCCAAGUCAAUCAAGAUCGUGCUCAUGAUCGACAACGACCAGCACAUCCAGCUGCUCGAGGACUUCUCAACGAAGAACCCCUCAGCGCCACAGAAAUGGAACGUCUUCAUCAAAGUUGACACUGGCUACCACCGAGCCGGUCUAAUGACUUCUUCCCCAGCGCUGCAUAAUCUCGUCCAGAAAGCCGAGGCGUCACCUGUAGUUGCCAUUUAUGGGUUUUACUGCCACGCGGGACAUUCGUAUAAAACCCGCUCCUCUGAAGAAGCAGCCGCCGUGCUCCAAAGUGAAGUCGAUUGCGUGGUUCAAGCUUCCUCUCUUCUCCCGGCGGAUAGAGAUGUUGUGGUGUCUGUUGGAUCAACUCCGGCAGCACAUGUCGUGCAGCUACUCAAGGCAGCGUUACCUUCGAAUGUUAACUUAGAGCUGCAUGCAGGAAAUUACCCUUGCAACGACCUCCAACAGGUCUCAACCGGCCUCGUCACAGAAUCCCAACAAGCCCUCCGUCUCCUCACAGAAGUCUGCAGCGUGUAUCCCGAGCGGAAUGAAGCCCUCAUCAACGCCGGAACAAUUGCUCUCUCGAAAGAGACGAGUGAUUUCCAUGGUCAAGGCUUGGUCGUGGAUGACCAGCGCUGGGGUGUUGUCCGUACAUCUCAGGAACACGGCAUUCUAGGCUUGAGGGAUGCCACGAAGGGCGAAGGAAGGAUUGAUGAGUGCUUUAAGGUUGGGCAAAAGGUGUUGUUGUACUGCCAUCAUGCUUGUAUAACGGCCUCAGCACACUUUGUAUAUUACGUGGUUGAUGAGAAGGAUGUUGUUAGGGAGGCGUGGAUUCCUUGGAAGGGUUGGUGAUCUGCAUGUAUGACACUAGUGGUGAUUAUUUUCUGUUUGAUAGACUUGGGAGAUAAAAUAUACCCAGGUACAUUCGUUCUGAAGAGUAUGCUUGGUUGGUAUUUCCGGCCAUCAUCCCCGUGCGGAGUAACUGUAUGCAGGGAAUUCAUGGGUAGAACGAGCUCCAGAAUCCCCGCACAGAAGACUGAACUGCAAUUUCUGCCCAGCAACUGUUCAUUAUUGUUGUCCGUUCAUUAAUUAGUCCACUGAAUCCGCUGUGGCCGUCUCGUUCCCCUGCUUACGCUUCGGUGGAAGACUCCCGGGGUAUGCCGUGGACCAGGUUCUUUUGCGACUCGAUUUGGAAGUCGUGAACAUCGUUCAAGCCAUGUCGCGUGACGUAUGAUCACGUGAGAUUAUCAUUCUGCCGGUCUUUGAAGCGGAGGCAUACCCGUACGUAGAAGACGAGGUAAUAAAUACUACUCUAGUACUAUGUAGG